AUGGGCAACCAAAAUAAAGAUAUGCAGGACUUUCAGUCCCACGCUUUCCUGUCUGCAGCCAAAGUUGGAGCCAUCAGCGAUGAAGUGCUGAUUUCCCAAGGAACUGCCGGCCUGAUUUAUGGUGGAGCUGCUGGAGUCAUCAGAUCUCCCAAUCCCAUGAUCCAUUCAUUGUCAUGUGGCAUCCACUGGUUUGCAUGCGGCUCAGCCUUUUGGUGGCUGCGGAGCAACAUCAUUAAACACCAUUACCAAGAUAAAGCCUCACCGAAGGAGCGUACAUAUGCGAGCGCUUUAUGUGGUGGCAUUGCCGGUGGAAGUGUAACGAAGUUGAUGGGAGGCCGGCUGGUUCCGGGAGCUAUCAUCUUCUCAUUACUGGGUUACUGUGGCCAGAGCGUCUUUAACCGAGUGGACGCCUGGCAAAUGGAAAAUGCACACAAGACAUCAAAACCUCUGAUGCAGCGAAUGGCCGACUCUAAAUGGAUUCCACUACGCUCACUCUCUGACCAAGAAUACAGGGAGAUGUUGAGUGAAAAGCUGCUUAGCGUCGAGGCUGAGAUUGCUCUUCUUGACGAAAAGAUCCAGGAACUGGAGAAAUCUCGACCAGUCCCGGAUUUAAGCUCAAGUAACCCCGAGGUGUCUAAGGACCAAGUCUAG